GUUUAUCCUGGUCAAGGUCACAGUACUCCCUGAACUUUCCCCGGUAUUUCAGGGAGUGAGGUAGGAUUAAUGUUACACUCUAAUUGAGAUCCUAAGGUGCAAACUGAAAGUUAUAACAUACCAAUGUGUACACUAUCUAGGGUCAAUUACAAACUCGAAUCACCCUGAGACGGCAGAAAUAGACUGAUCCCCAUGAGCAAUUCCGAGGAAGCAUUGCAAGCCCGUGUGAAGGCGCUGGAGGAGGAAGUGGUGCGACUGAAAGCACACCUGAGUGGAAAGAGCGAUGCGGUUCAGAGCGGCAAAGGGACGACCCCAGCCUCGGAGGCCCAGGAGAAUGGACAGGGCAGUAAGAAGGGGAAGGGGAAGAGGGCGUUCGACUUUGCUGCACAUCCACGCCGCCAUGUGGCGCUGCGUCUAGCGUACCUGGGCUGGCAGUACCAGGGAUUCGCGGUGCAGGAGAACACGGACAACACGGUGGAGGCGCGAGUGUUUGAGGCUCUGCUGAAAACGAAGUUGAUCCAGGACAGGCAGAGCUCCAACUACCACCGCUGUGGCCGAACGGAUAAAGGAGUCAGCGCGUUCUCCCAGGUCAUCUCUAUUGACCUGCGCUCGAGUCAGUUCAGCGGUCUGGGUGUGACCAUUCCUAAGGGCGUCGAACCCAAAGCUGGCGGUGGAGCUGCGGUGGCCGAGUUGCCGUACGUAAAGAUGCUGAACAGAGUCCUUCCUCCAGACAUCCGGGCUCUCAGCUGGUCUCCGGUGCACAGCGGCUUCAGCGCACGCUUCGACUGCCAGUCCCGAACCUACCGGUACUACUUUCCCCGUGGGAACCUGGACGUAGAGCUCAUGUCCGAAGCAGCUAAUCGAUAUGAAGGCACGCACGACUUCAGGAACUUGUGUAAGAUGGACGUGGGUAACGGAGUACUCCAGUUCCAGAGAACGAUCGCGUCCGCCAGCGUCCGGCUGUGCGACCCCAGUAACCUCUCAUCCGCUGACCCUCAGGAACUAUACGUGUUCGAGGUCAAAGGUCUCGCCUUCCUGUACCACCAGGUUCGUUGCAUGAUGGCUAUCCUACUUCUGAUUGGCCAGAAGCUGGAAGCACCAGAGAUCAUCAAUCAGCUUUUGGAUGUUGAGAACAACCCCAGGAAACCUCAGUACAGCAUGGCGGUGGAUUACCCACUGGUGUUAUACGAGUGCGACUUCGACGGUCUGAAUUGGAUCAGUGAGUCUGAAGAGCAGAGCCACGUCCUCAGCUCUCUUCUCCAGCAGUGGACUCAAACCGCUGUCAAAGCUCAGGUGCUGCACGGCAUGAUCCACGGCCUGCAGAGCACAGACACCGAUAAAGCGUCAGUGAUGAACUGCUGUCUCAUGGAAGGAUCCAAGCAGCGCAACUAUCGCCCCCUGCUGGAGCGGCCACGCUGCGAGAGCCUGGAAUCGCGGAUCCAGCACUUUGUGAAGCGAGGACGACUCGAGCGGGAGGAAGGAGAGAGCGGCGAGGAGGGCAGCACCGUCUUCAGGGGCAAGAGGUCGAAACACUCGCACCAAGCAGGCUCCACAAAUCAAGAAGACGCAGAAGAAGAGAACCUCAAGAGCCUAAAGGACACGCCAUUACGUCCCUUAUAAUAAUUAUUUAGUCAGGGUCUGUUUUAGAAAUGCAGAUCUGAUGAAAAAUUUCGAAGGGAAAAAUAGGCCCCUGCAUUAGGAAUAUGAGAAUGAGGAAGGUGUUGGGGCGGAGCUUCAAUCCAUCUGUCAAUCGCACACUUUAUUGAUUAACACAUGACUAUUGGUUUGAAGAUUACAUACAUUUGGAUCACAUUAUAAAAAAACAUGCUGGGAGACUCGCAAGUCGUGUGAUGUUGCUGCAUCCAAUGUCUGUGUGCACACAUUCGAAAACUUUUUUUUUUAUUGUAUUUUUACUUUAAAUGGUUUAUUUGUAAAUGUCUUAAUCACAGCAUGUAUAUAUUUUCAGUUGGAUUAAAAUAAAUCAUGUCCUGA